AUGGUUUUCUUCCCGCCCUCCUGGGUUCCCCAGCUCCCAGCUAUUCCCGACUCCAUCACUUUAGAGCAGUUUAUGAGCGAUGAGCGUUAUGGUCGCAAGCCUCUCAAUGCCUCGGUCAACCCCUAUACCUGCGGUCUUACUGGCAAGACCUACACAGCUCAGGAGGCCAAGCAGCGCACCACAUUUUUGUCGCGCGCCAUCGCCAAGCACCUCGGCAUCUCCCCCAACGAAGACACGCCUUGGGACAAGGUUGUCGCUGUAUAUGCCGUCAACACUAUCGAUUACGUUCCCGUCAGCCAUGCGGUCCACCGCCUAUCUGGUAUAGUCACACCGGCCAGCGCCGCGUAUUCCGCCGCGGAGCUUGAGCACCAGCUCAAAUCUUCCGGCGCCCGUGCCCUCUUCACCUGCGCGCCCCUUCUUGAGAAUGCUCUCAAGGCUGCUGAUGCCGCCGGUCUCGCCCGCGACAAGAUCUUCAUCCUCGAGGUUGCCGGAGCCAAGGUCGACGGGUUCGUCACCGCCGACGACUUGGUCCGUGAGGGCCAAAAGCUCCCCGAGCUCGAACCCCUGAAGUGGAACAAGGGCCAGGGCGCGAGGCAACCUGCCUACUUGUGCUACUCGAGCGGCACCUCCGGUUUGCCCAAAGCCGUCAUGAUCUCCCACGUCAAUGUUAUUGCCAACGUCCUCCAAGUCUCCACCUAUGAGAGCGUGGCCCGCAAGAAGAGCAAGGUCGACACCCAAGUCACCCUCGGACUGCUUCCCUUCAGCCACAUCUACGCUCUCGUCGUGGUAUGCCACGUCGGCACUUACAGGGAGAUGGCGUUAUCGUUCUCCCAAACAAAUGUGCAUUGUGCCCCCAUCAUCAUCGCCCUCCUCCGCAACCAGGCCCUCAUCUCCAAGUACGACGUCUCUUCCCUCCGCGUCCUCUACAGUGGUGCCGCUCCCCUCGGCAGCGAAACCAUCGACGAGGUUCUGAAGAUCUGGCCCCACUGGCGCAUCUGCCAGGGCUAUGCCGGAACCUCUGGAUCGCUGGUUCCCGGCGCCGCCGCCAAGCUCAUUGAUUUCGAGGGCAACGAGGUCACCAAGUACGAUACCCCCGGAGAGUUGUACAUCCAGAGCCCGUCGGUUGUCCUGGGCUACCUCAACAACGAGAAGGCCAACUCGGAGACUUUUGUCCACCACGAAGACGGCAGAUGGAUCAGGACCGGUGACGAGGUCGUCAUGCGCCUCGCCCCUUCCGGCAACGAGCACCUCGUCAUCGUUGACCGUAUCAAGGAGCUUAUCAAGGUCAAGGGCCACCAAGUUGCCCCUGCGGAGCUCGAGGCCCAUCUCCUCACCAGCCCCCUCGUUUCCGACUGCGCCGUCAUCCAAGUUCCGGACGAGCGCGCCGGCGAGGUGCCCAAGGCCUUUGUUGUCAAGGGCAGUGGUGCCCAGGGCCAAUCUGACGAAGAGCUGGCCAAAAACAUUGCCAAGUAUGUCGAGGAACACAAGGCUAGGCACAAGUGGCUCAAGGGCGGCGUCGAAUUCAUCGACGUCAUUCCCAAGAGCCCUAGCGGUAAGAUCUUGAGGAGAAUGCUGAGGGAUAAGGAGAAGGAGGCCAGGAGGGCUCAGGGUGCCAAGUUGUAG